AUGGCUCUCGCAGUCGGGGGAAUCGGAGCGGCAUGUCUUUCGCCGUCUUCAUCGCCCAGGAUUUCGAUCCAGGAGGGGUUGCGGAGGGCUGGGGUCACCCUACGCCGCCGUGGAGGUUUCAGGGCAAUGGUGCAGCAGCAGACGUUUCAGGGCGCUUCAGCGACCUAUGCUAAGGAGAUGGAGAGGUUAUCGGCGAAGGAAUCGUUACUUCUCGCCGUGAGUGAAUUUUCCUUCUUUUGCCUGCUUGAUUGUCGGGUAUCUUUGCAUUGCCAAUUCAACUGCAUACAGUUACCUUUCGUGUCAACGAAAAGAAUCAAUCAAAUGUUCUUGUCUGCUUGAUGAUACCCUUUACUCUUUAGUGUUUAGAUUAUUUACUCUUUAAUCAUCACUCACAUGCAAGUCAAAACUAAUCGACACUGAAUGUAAUAAAUUCACGAAUGUAGUUACGGCAUUUCAUUCUUUAAUUCCAACCUAGGAUUAUUCUAAGACGUCCCUCACACGCAAUUAAAUUGGUAAUUAGUGUAGUGGGGUCAUCUAUGUAAUUUAGAUAUUUUACUUUUUUUACGUGGAAUUAUUCAAAUACAUAUAUCAUGUCCUAAUCAAACCCUGGGUUUUAUUCCCCGGAAAACAUAAGCUAGCCCAAGAACGAUCAUCAGCUUCGAAUUCAUGUCAAACAUUGAGAGAUCCAUAUCAAAAUUAAUUGGCUACGAGUUAAAAUAUAUUUUUUCAUUGAACUCGAACUUUCUGGUUUUGAAUUUCACCUUUACUUUUUUCUUUGUAAAUAUCAUGAGAGGAUAAAGUAAACUUCUUGGGUGACUCAUAUUAUUGCAAAUGCUGACCGUACUUACCUUCAUUCACAUUUUCCCUUUCUAAUGCUUGUACGGGAAUUCAUAGUUAUGCUGAUCUCAACUCAAUUCUUAAAUUUUCCUUUUCUGAUGUUAUUGCUUCUGCAUAGGUUUUUCCUGAAAUAUUCUUCACAUGAGAUGUUCCGUUGCUAUGAAAGCAGCAUUAUUUAUUGUUGUGCUUAAGUCGCUUCCGAAUUGCUGUGGCGUUGUUCUAUAAUCUUCAUUGACCGUCUUCUAAUAGUGAUGUAGUCUACUUGCAUAUUUCUUCAAAUGAGUUUUCUUUCUUGUAAAAGGCUUUCCAAGAUGUUGUUCCUGAAUCUAUCCCAUUUCAGUUUAAGGACUCUGGGGGCUUUGAAUCUUUGGUUAGUGGAAAGACAACUGAGAUGCAGCGGAUUGAUGUGAAUGAGAGGAUUGUCGGUCUUGAACGCCUUAAUCCCACUCCUCGACCAACAACGUAUGUCAACUCAAUCCCUCACCUCAACCAAGUUAUAUAAGAGUUUCUGUAUUUUUGUCUCAUCUACUUAGAGUUCACUUGCCCAUAGAAAAGAGAAGCUCAUUUUUUAAUUUAUUUUUUGCAUCAAACGGGAUAGCAUUGAUGGCUCUUGAAUCCUUCAGACCAUUUAAUGGUAUGGAUCCAGUUGGGAUUAUUGAUUUUGCAACAGAAAGGGUUCCGUUUUCAGGAAGCUCUGUAAUAUCCUUGCUUUCAGCGCUUUUCCCCCCCCAAUAACAAGAUCCAGAGGUCAGACUCAGAGUGAGUUUUGUUAUCAAAGGAUUUGUAUGGUCUGAUUUGUUUUCGCACAUGCAUCUGUCUCAGUUUUUUUUUUUUUGUCGAAUUGUUAAACCAUGUGCGACCACGAAAAAUUUCCCAUCUUUAUUUCAAGGGCCAGUACCAAGAAUUGGCUUAUCUUAGGCCUGAGGAUUGAUAUACGAGUCAUCUUCCCCUCUCAAUGUUUAUUUAUCCUUGCGAAACACUGAUUGCUAUUCUAACAACUUCUUUUUGGUCUUCUUCUGUUUUUCAUUUUACCCAGGUCACCUUUCUUGGAAGGUCGAUGGAAUUUUGAGUGGUACAGCGCUGGUAGUCCAGGAUUACUUGCUUCAAAAUUGCUUUUUGAGUAUGUUACUCAUCCCUUUUCUCAGUUUUCGGGCAUUUUUGGUGAACAGAGUUAUUUUUUUGUUGUCUCACUGUGGGACUGGUCCUUAUCUUUCGAUUUUUGUUGGAAUUGACGACCUCCAAGCUAAUGAUUACAACAAAAUUCAGAAGUUUCUAUUUUCAUAAUUCUUUUGUCAUCCGUCUUGCUAAUCCUUAUAUUUUGCCGAGACGUAUCCUCUACGAUGAUCAGCUUGGCAGUAAAAUUAGCUACGUGUACUUUGAGCUGGAGCAUUUGCAGCUAACUGCUCAUCAGAACUUGGCAUUAAUUCUGUGUGUGUGGCCAUGUUUACUGCUGCUCGAAUAUCUUAUCGAAUUCUCAGUUGUUCCCGCGGGAACCUAUGUGAGCUCGAUAAAUUCUAUCCAUUGAUCCGCGCAUUGUCAUUUUUCUGCUUUAGUGUCUUUACCUAGUUCAAAAAUGGCCCCCUAUGUUUGUCUACGCAGGAAUAGUCUUCUUUUCAUCUUACAUUUUCCUUUGACGUUCGAUUGCCUUCAAUGCUGUUUUUAUUGCUUAUCGAGAUGAAAGUCCAUGAGAGGCAGCAAUUCAUCUUAUUGAUGCGCUCUGAUGCUGUCUUCACAGGAGAUUUCCCACAGGUGUAGCAAACUUGACGAGUUUGAAUAUGCUGGUCAAGGAGGGUUACUCCAAAGUCACAGCAAAUUUGAAGUUCCUUAACUCAGUAAAUUCUCGCCUUAAGUCAAUCUUCUUUGGCUAACCCUCGCUAUAUUUCUCUCUAUAUGUGUGCACUUUACUAUCAUGUAUUUGAAUCAGUAUUUCAGAUGCCUACAUAAGUUGUCCUAAUAAUGCUCGAGCAGCGUGGUGAUUGAAUCUUUAGAACUUUUUUCUGAAUCAUUUAACUUUCAAUAGUUUUAAUGUCGGCAGUGCUGUGUUUGAGAAGUUUUCAGUUGUCCUGGUCAGCUCACAUUGUAUAUUAAUGGCCGAUUUUAUGGAAAUAGUAUCUCAAUUUUUAUGCGUCAUUUGGAAAAUUCAAGACAGACAGUUUUCGUGCUACUUAGAGUUUCUUGUGUUGAGCUUUCGGAAUUAUGAAGGAAUUCUACAACCUUUGCAUUAUUAAAGAUAAUAAUAGGUGCUGAAUGUAUUGUCUCUUAUAUCAAUUUGUGUGUGGUUCAGGUAAUAACAGGGAACUUCCUCUUGACCACGAAAUUGUCCGUUGAAGGACCCUCCAGAUUGAAAGAGGAGUACUUUGAAGGGGUCUUUGAGAUGCCCAAAGUGAGUGAAGAGUCAAUACCAGAACAGUUGAAAGGGCCCUUCGGACAGGCUGUUGGUUCUCUGCAGCAGCUUCCUCUUCCCAUACGGGAUGCUAUCUCAAGCGGCCUCCGAAUUCCACUGAGUAAGCAGACUCGUGGCCUCUCAAUCCACUAGUGAUGGCCCAGUUAUUUAUCAUUGCUUAGCCGCUAUAUCUCAAGAACGCUAUUGAACUUGGAUCAUAUAUUAUAAUGGGAAAUUGCUCGGAUCAAUAGAGGAUAACAAUCUUUUGACUGAAUUAUUUUUGCUAAUCUUUACUGAACUACCGGAUGCAUCGCCUCUCAUGAUGCUUCUGUUGCAUGGAGACGAAAACUGGAUGGAGUAAAGAAACUUGAUUUUAUGUUUUAACAUGAUAAUUUCAUUCUUCUGCCGCCGUUUUUUCCUUUUGGAGCUAAGAGGUUCUUAUUUCUUUGUCUAUUCCAGGCGGCACUUACCAGAGACUUUUUAUGAUUUCCUAUCUCGAUGAAGAAAUACUGGUAAUUCCUUCACUCGACCCUAUGAUUAUGAUUUAUUUAUUUUUGGAACUUUUCAAGUUUUUGUUACCCAGUUUAAAUCAUCUUUUUCAGUGAUUAAACAUCCAAAAAUUGAAAAUUCAUCAUUAUCCAAAAAUUUCAACCCAGACCCUUAAAAUGGCAAUACCGCCCCAAAUUUUCGAUGCCAUUCUUGUUUGGGUUCUCUCCUGGUUUCUCCACACUGACUCAAGCAUCGAAUAUGUUCAAGUUUCAUCCUAUGAAUCUCUUAGGAUGCUGAUCUAAUCAGUUUUUCAUGGCAGUUGGGGCUUCUCUGACAUUCUCUGUGCUGUUUGCAGAUAGUGAGAGAUGCUUCUGGUUCACCGGAUGUUCUUACGAGGAUGGCGGGGCCACCAGACUCGGACUUGGAUCCGGUCUCAGAGUACGAGAGCUAA